AUGAUCUUAGUACCGAGACAGCUUUAUUUAACCAAGAUCGUAUCCAUUCCUAUGCGCAAUAUUCAAUCUUCAACCGUAAUGAAUCUAGAUAGCUACGAUGCAAUGAAGUACCGAAAAUGGAUCACCUUGGACCAAGGCCAACCGGUGGACGAGUCCAAUAGGAUUUCAAUCAUGACAUAUAAUCUUUUAUCAAGACAUUACAUAUGGAAAGGAGUCUACGACAAAGUGGACACCCAGCAUUUAGAUUGGGACCGUCAUCGGUUCCCCCUUAUCAACAAAACAAUUAAGCAAUUUAGUUGUGACAUUAUGUGUUUUCAAGAAAUGGAAUAUCACAUAUAUAAGACAUUUUGGAGCAAGACAUUCCCCAAUGAUAAAUAUCAAAGUUUUUAUAUUCAAAAACAAUGCCCACUGCAUUUGAAUAUCUUCAAUAACGAUAAAUUGGAUGGAGUUGGUAUAUUUGUCAACACUAAUAGAUUUGAUAUAUUAGGUGAGCUAAAGAUCAAUUUUGGUAAAGAAAUCAUCAAUCAUCGAUCUAGGUACAAAUUAACUACAGAUUGGAUUCAACGAGUAAUUACAAGAAAUACUGUGGCUUUGAUACUUAAGCUAUAUGAUAAACAAACUGGAAAAAUAUACUAUGUUUCCAAUACUCAUUUAUAUUGGUCACCAAAAUAUAAUGAUGUCAAAGUACUUCAGAUAAAGAUUUUACUAAACAAACUACAACAAUUUAGAACAGAACCUGAUUCUUCAAUUAUUCUUCUAGGUGAUCUAAACUCCAAUUUUGAUUCAGACGUGGUUCAUUUACUUCUGGGGGAUACAAUUGACACUACAUCUUCACCCGACUUCAAGAAUCGCAAAUAUGGUAUUAAUAAUCCCUUAAUUGACAAGAGCGGACAAAUUAACAACCCAUUCAACUUACAAAAUGUAUAUCAAGAUCUACACAAUUCGGCUGGUUUACCAUUUACAAGUUACGUCACUCGAUUUUCUGAUGUUUUGGAUCAUGUGUUUGUAAGUGAUGAUAUUUUGGUGAAUAAGUUGUUAGGGGAAGUUGAUCCUAGUUAUUGUCAACAAAAGGAUGUUGAUGGGUUUCCUAACUCUCAAUUUCCUUCUGAUCAUAUUCCAUUGGUGGUCGAUAUAUCCCACAAGUGA